UUGGGAGGAUGGACGUGUAUGUGCAUGAAGUGAGCCAGCCCGCACUCCUCUCUCCAUCCUCAGCCUGUCCUCAGUAAAGCUGCUCGGGUCCUUAGAUGCUGCUUCUGAUCCCCUGGCACAAGCCACGGAGCCGCAGAGCCGGGUUUUGGUAACAGGAGCCGCGCCGUGGAGAGCUGCGCUCCGCCCGCCGCUGGUGCUGAUGCUGCGAUGAGUGGGUGAGGUGGCGGUCGGAGAAAGAGCAAAUCGCCUCCAUGCACAAGGAUGCGGGGGGGAAAUGCCCGGCGACAGGGAGCACGACGUGUGUCGGAAGGCGCUGGAGCUCCUGUCGGAUCUCUGCUCUAAGGGCGAAGUGCAAAGCGACAGCUGCCUGGAUUUCAGUUACUAUCUUCGCGAUCUCGGCCGGCCGCGGUACCCCGACGCAGAUGUGUCCGUCAGCCUGCUGUCCCUGGUGGUGACGGCGUGCGGCCUGGCCCUCUUCGGGGUCUCCCUCUUCGUGUCGUGGAAGCUCUGCUGGAUCCCGUGGCGUGAGCGGGGCCUGUCGCCGGGCGCCAAGGACGAGCAGCCAGAGCAGCUGGCCUACGGCGACGCGGACGCCGUCGACAGAGAGUGCUGCAAGGAGGCCACGCCGGUGCCCGAGGCGGCCAUGAAGAUCAGUCACACCUCCCCAGACAUUCCGCUGGAAGCCGAAUCCAAGGGCAAGGAGAACUGCAUCCACAAUGCACGCAUGCAGCGGCAGGUCACGGAGCCCACCUCCUCUGGGCGGCACGACUCCAUCCGGAGGCAGAUGAACCUGUCAAACCCGGACUUCAACCUGGCACAGUUCCAGCGGCAGGAGUCGCUGAGCGGCCUGGGCCGACUGAAACCCGAACUCUACAAGCAGCGCUCGGUGGACAGCGAGGACGGUCGGCGGGGAGGGGGCUGCGGGCGCCUCCACUUCAUCCUCAAGUACGACUGCGACCUGGAGCAGCUCAUCGUCAAGAUCCACAAGGCAGAUGACCUGCCCGCCAAGGACUUCUCAGGCACGUCUGACCCCUACGUGAAGAUCUACCUACUGCCGGACCGCAAGACCAAGCACCAGACGAAGGUGCACCGUAAGACUCUGAACCCGGUGUUCGACGAGGUCUUCCUGUUCCCCGUGGCCUACACUGAGCUACCCACACGCAAGCUGCACUUCAGCGUCUACGACUUCGAUAGGUUUUCUCGCCAUGACAUCAUCGGCCAGGUGGUGGUGGACAACUUCUUGGAUCUGACAGACUUCCCCAGGGAAACUAAGCUCAGCAGGGACAUCCAGUACGUCAGCUCGGAUAAUGUUGACCUGGGGGACCUCAUGUUUUCGCUGUGCUAUCUCCCCACCGCUGGUCGGCUCACCAUCACCAUGAUCAAGGCCAGGAACCUGAAAGCCAUGGACAUCACAGGGGCAUCAGAUCCAUAUGUAAAGGUCUCUCUAAUGUGUGAUGGACGCAGACUGAAGAAGAGGAAAACAUCAAUCAAAAGGAACACGCUGAAUCCCAUCUACAACGAAGCCAUAGUGUUCGAUGUCCCUCCGGAAAACAUCGACCAAAUCAGCCUUCUGAUCGCAGUUAUGGACUAUGACCGUGUAGGUCACAACGAGAUCAUUGGUGUGUGCCGGGUGGGUAACGAUGCUGAGAACCUGGGUCGUAACCACUGGAGUGAGAUGCUGACAUACCCCCGCAAGCCCAUCGCACACUGGCACCCCCUGGUGGAGUGGGUGGGGCAGGGGACCUCUGGAGGGGUCCAGGGGGGCUCCUGCCAUUCCCUCAAGCCCCCCCCCUCACCCUAGCUGAAGCGGGCCGGACAGGAGCUCGGAGAUGGACCGCGGCUCAGGAACCCUCCCCCCCGGCGAGCCGAAGCCACCUGAAAUGUUUACAUCUGUGCGAAACAACUUUAAUUGUGUGCCUCGGGGAUGUCCUGGUCCGCCCUGGUCCACCUCGGUCUGCCCUGGUCCACCUCGGUCUGCCCUGGUCCACCUCGGUCUGCCCUGGUCAUCCUCGGUCUGCCCUGGCCAUCCCCGGUCUGCUCUGGUCCACCCCGGUCAUCCCCAGUCCGCUUCAGUUGCAUGUUUGGAACCAUUGUUUUUCUAUUUAGUAACAAGCAACGAUUUAGGUAUGAAAGUAACUGUUUUCUACCCGGCCUUUCAGCCCAUUUCGUUUCUCAUGUAUGUGUUUUACGCCGUAGUUGUUACCAGUGACUCUCCGAUCGACGUGCAUGGGUCUUCUUUCUGUUGGAUAUUUCCUCGGCUGAUUCUUUAUGUUCGUCUUUUGGAAUAACAUGUGAGAUUCUGUUACUUGAGCUCUGAUGUGUGAGGCGUGCUGUGUAAAUGUAUUUAUAGACCUAGUAUGUAAAAUGUCUUUUCAGAUGUCACUAAUAAAUAUUUAUAUAUAAAGCCUUUCACUUCAAAUUUACACUGGUUUAUUAUGAGGUGUACUGUAGACUGUAAUGCAGUGAUGUUUUCCGUCUGAUUUGGAGGGAUUGCCCAUACAGUGUUAGUUUGCACACGACUCUUGUGUAUCAAACAAACACAGAGUUAGUAUUGUACUUUCUUUAGGUCCGUAAUAAUUAAGCCAUCUUUCAGUAUUUAUAAAUCCCCAAUGCAGUAUUACAUGCAUUACAUGGGAGUUACCAUGAAACUCACUGUAACUGCAAAUGGAUGCUGUGUUCGAGCCACCGGCAUGUACUGAGU